AUGGGUCUUGUAGACGCAGAGCGUCUUCACCAGGCCGCGAUAUGGGCACCAGUCGCUUUCAUAGCCUAUAUAAUCCUCACGGCAAUCUACAAUCUCACACUCCAUCCUCUGGCGAAAUUCCCCGGACCGCUACUAUGGCGCAUCUCGCCCAUACCUUCAAUCAUCUCUCUUCUCCGUGGACGUAUCGCCUUUGAUUACAAGGUCCAUCACGACAAAUAUGGCCCCGUUGUCCGUGUCAUGCCCAAUGAACUUUCAUUCAACACAGCCCGAGCAUGGGAGGAUAUUUACGGCCACCGGGUUGGUUUAGCCAACAUGGAUAAGGAUCCAAUUCACGUUGGGGCAGUAGAAGCAAUACCCGGGGCUACGAAUUUAACCAUGGCGCCGGAUAUUCAUCAUGCGAGACAGAGGAGGGCGCUUGCUCAUGCGUUUAGCAAGCAGGCGUUGUUGGAGCAGGAGCCUAUUUUGAGGGAUUACGUAGAUUUGUUUGUAAAGAGAUUGAGGGAGAAGGCGCAGAGGGGGGAACCGGCGAAUAUGGUGUCGUGGUUCAACUUUUGCACUUUUGAUAUCAUCGGGGAUUUGAGCUUUGGUGAGCCUUUUGGUUGUUUGAGAGAGGGCGAAGGUUCUGAAUCAGCAAACUGGGUUGUUCUAAUCUACAAAGCCAUCAAAUCCGGCGCCAUCGAACAAGCCACCCGCCGCUUCGCCAAACCAGGCUCCCUGACUCAGAAGUUCCUCAUGUGGUGCAUACCCACAGUCGUGCGCGAACGCCGCUUCCGCCACCUGCGAAACUCAACUGAGAAAACGGUAAAACGCCUAGCCAUGAAGACCGAGCAUAGAGACUUUAUCUGGUACAUCCUCCGGCAACGCGAGAAGAAGAACGAAGUCUCGGACGACGAAGUAAUCAUGAAUGCCGCCUUAUUCAUCGUAGCAGGCAGCGAGACGACAGCUACACAGCUCUGCGGCCUAACAAACUAUCUUCUCCGGGAUUCUGAGAGAUUCAGGAAGCUAAAGGAUGAACUGCGAAGUGCGUGCAAAACAGAAGCGGACAUCAACAUGGAUGUUUUAGGAAAUCUACCUUAUAUGAACGCUUGCAUCGAAGAAGGCCUUCGCGUCUUCCCCCCGGUACCCGUCGGCCUCUUGCGUACCGUUCCGAAGGGCGGCUCUUUGAUCGAUGGUCAUGCUGUACCGGAGUACACAAGUGUGUGCGUCAGUUCCUGGGGCGCCUCGCAUUCACCCUCCAAUUUCGUCCAGCCGGAUUCCUUCAUCCCCGAGCGCUUCCUUGAUACGCCUGAGUCCAAAGUAGAAUUCGGAACUGACGUUAAGAACGCUGCUCGGCCGUUUUCUACGGGGCCGAGGGGCUGUAUCGGAAAGAAUCUGACAUAUGUGGAGCUAAGGCUUAUCUUGGGAGCUUUUCUGUGGAAUUUUGAUGUUGAAUUUACGGAGGAGGGUGGGAAGCUUUGGGACCCGAGAAAUGAUUUUGAGGGGCUCAAGGCGUUUAAUACUUGGGAGAAGAGUCCGUUGUUGGUGAAGUUGACGGAUAUAAGGACGAAGGGUUGA